GGGCAGUGAGCGGCUCCUGGAGGGCUCGCAGACGCAGGCCAAGAAGUCCUGCUCUGAACACAGCGGGACCCAACCUGGCAGAGGCCACUUCCGACCCACAUCUCCUGGAGUGGCGAGCUCAGCUCUGGUAUUUCAGGUCAAGAUGUCUCGAGAGGCAGAUGUGGAGUGUCAGCAGUCACAAGGUGACGUUUCAUCACAGUCCCAGGGCGCAGCCUCCUCACAGCUCCCCGACCCCUCCUUGGAGCCCCUUGUCACCUCGUCGUUGCAGCUUCCUGGUCCUUCCUCGCAGCCCCUUGUCACCUCGUCGCAGCUCCCCAGCCCCUCGUCACAGCUCCAGAGCACAUCCGGGUCAUCUUCCUGCACGGUCACCACGUCCAGCCAGUCUUCCCACUCCAGCUCCGGGACAUUGAGUUCCUUAGACACUGUGUCCACUCAGGAACUUUACUCUAUUCCCGAGGACCAAGAGCCAGAAGAGCCCGCCCCUGCCCCUUGGGCUCGAUUGUGGGCCCUUCAGGAUGGAUUCUCCAAUCUUGAGUGUGUUAGCGACAACUACUGGUUUGGGAGGGACAGAAGCUGUGAAUACUGCUUUGAUGAGCCACUGCUGAAAAAAACAGACAAAUACCGGACCUACAGCAAGAAGCACUUUCGGAUUUUCAGGGAAAUGGGUCCCAAGAACUCUUAUAUCACAUACAUCGAAGAUCACAGCGGGAAUGGAACCUUUGUAAAUAAAGAACUUGUAGGGAAGGGAAGACGACUUCCGUUGAAUAACAAUUCUGAAAUUGCACUUUCUGUAUGGAGUAAUAAAGUUUUUGUGUUUUUUGAUCUGACUGUAGAUGAUCAGUCUGUUUAUCCUAAGGAAUUGAGAGAUGAAUACAUCUUGUCAAAAACUCUUGGAAGUGGUGCCUGCGGUGAGGUGAAGUUGGCUUUUGAGAGGAAAACGUGUAAGAAGGUAGCAAUAAAGAUCAUAAGCAAAAGGAAGUUUGCGAUUGGCUCUUCAAGAGAAAUGGAUCCAGCUCUUGAUGUUGAAACAGAAAUAGAAAUUCUGAAAAAGCUAAAUCAUCCUUGCAUCAUCAAGAUUAAAGACUUUUUUGAUGCGGAAGAUUAUUAUAUUGUUUUAGAAUUGAUGGAAGGAGGAGAGCUGUUUGACAGGGUGGUGAGGAACAGACGCCUGAGAGAAGCUACCUGCAAGCUCUAUUUUUACCAGAUGCUCCUGGCUGUGCAGUACCUUCACGACAAUGGCAUUAUCCACCGAGACUUGAAGCCAGAGAAUGUUCUACUGUCAUCCCAACAAGAGGACUGUAUCAUAAAGAUUACCGAUUUUGGACAGUCCAAGAUCUUGGGGGAGACGUCGCUCAUGAGGACGCUGUGUGGCACCCCCACCUAUUUGGCCCCUGAGAUUCUGGUUUCCCUGGGGACUACGGGGUACAACCGGGCAGUGGACUGCUGGAGUUUAGGCGUUAUUCUUUUUAUUUGCCUCAGUGGGUAUCCACCUUUCUCUGAGCACAAGACUGAAGUCUCAUUGAAGGAGCAGAUCGCCAGUGGAAAAUACAACUUCAUUCCCGAGGUCUGGGCCGAGGUCUCUGAGAAGGGCACAGUAUGUGUGCCUGGGACCCUGCUGGAGAGAGAAGAGGAAGAAGCCGGAAACGUGGUGGCCCUGCCGGGUCUGCUUCACGUGAGCCCAGUAUCCCAGCCCAGCUUCCCAGAGCAUUCAUUCUGUCCCACAGCCCUGGCUGACCUGUGUGUUUUUUCUCCACAGGAUGAGGACAUGAGGAGGAGGUUUCAAGAGCUGCUUUCGGAGGAAAGUCAAUCGACAGCCGUGUCCCAGGUCCCACCCCAGCCAUCCACAAGCCAAAAGCGGCCCCUCAAGGGGGAAAUGGAGGAUCCUGGUGCCCGGAAGCGCCUGGCUGUGUGUGCUGCUGUCUCCUGAGCCCAGCCUCAUCUCCUAGCUGGGAAAGAAGCCAGAAAGAAACAGACUUUUCUGCAUCUUGCUGCCAUUUCCCCUUUUACAGGGUAACUGUGAGGCAGAAUUGACAGGGUGACCAUGGGUUUGUGUUUGUUUUUUUUUUGCUGAUUGUUAUGAUGGCAACAAUUCCUUUUCCAUGAUCAUUGAUAACAUGAUUAAAACCCUAAUAUGUAA